GACAUCCCAACCUUGCGGGGCGAUUAAAUAGCCUCGGAAUCAACCUGAAUAGUCGAUACGAACGAGCUGGACAGAUGGACGAUCUCGAAGAGGCGAUCCGACUCUCUCGCCAGGCGGUUGCGGCCACCCCUGAUGGACAUCCGUGUCUUGCGGAGCGAUUGAAUAGCCUUAGUAACAAGCUGGAAAGUCGAUACCAUCGAAGAGGACAAAUGGACGACCUCGAAGAGGCCAUCCAGGUGUCUCGCCAGGCGGUUGCGGCCACACCUUGUGAUCAUCCUGACCUUGCAACGUGGUUCAAUAACCUCGGCAUCAAGCUGGCUAGUCGAUACGAUCAAAUAGGACAAAUGGACGACCUCGAAGAGGCCAUCCAGGUGUCUCGCCAAGCGGUUGCGGCCACACCCUGUGAUCAUCCUGACCUUGCAACGUGGUUCAAUAACCUCGGCAACAACCUGGAAAGUCGAUACGAACGAACAGGACAGAUGGACGACCUCGGAGAGGCCAUCCAGGUGUCUCGCCAGGCGGUUGCGGCCACACCUAGUGAUCAUCCGAAUCUUGCAAAGUGGUUCAAUAACCUCGGCAAUAAACUAGAAAAACGUUACGAACGAAUAGGACAGAUAGAAGACCUCGAAGAGGCUAUCCAGGUGUCUCGCCAGGCGGUUGCGGCCACUCCUGAUAAGCACCCUAAUUUAGCGGGGCGAUUGAAUAACCUCGAAAACAAGCUCGGUCGGCGAUACGAACGAACAGGGCAGAUGGACGACCUCGAAGAGGCGAUCCAGUUCUCUCGCCAGGCGGCUGCGGCCACUCCUAAUGAUCAUCCUGAUCUUACGGUGCGAUUGAAUAACCUCGGAAUCAAUCUGAACAGUCGGUACGAACGAACAGGACAGAUGGACGACGUCGAAGAAGCGAUUCGAGUGUCUCGUCAGGCGGUUGCAGCCACACCUAUUAAUCAUCCUGAUCUUGCAGCGCUUUUCAGUAACCUCGGUAACAACCUAGAAAGUCGAUACGAACGAACAGGAAAGAUAGACGACCUCGAAGAGGCCAUCCAGGUUUCUCGCCAGGCGAUUGCGGCCACACCUAGUGAUCAUCCUCAUCUUGCAGCGUGGUUCAAUAACCUCGGAAACAAGCUGAAAAAACGUUACGAACAAAUAGGACAGAUAGACGACCUCGAAGAGGCGAUCCGGGUGUCUCGUCAGGCGGUUGUGGCCACUCCUAAUGAUCAUCCCGACCUGGCAAUGUGGUUCAAUAACCUCGGGAACAAGCUCGAAAGUCGAUACGAACGAACUAGACAGAUAGGCGACCUCGAAGAGGCGAUCCAGGUGUCUCGCCAGGCGGUUCUGAUUAAACAAGCACCUCCUUUAAAACGGAUUGCUGCUGCUGUUCUAGCCCUUCGCCUCCUGCUCAAGCGAGAAGAUUAUUGUGGCGCUUACACACUAUCUGCUGAAGCUAUCGAUCUCCUACAGCUCGUUCACAAAAGGUCUUUGACCCUACAGGACCGACAAUAUGUCGUCUCACACUUUUCUGGCCUAGCUAUACAGGCCUGCUCCCUUGCACUUCAGACUCGACAACCCCCUUUCCAAGCUCUACGACUGUUAGACAGUGGACGUGGUGUUAUUCUUAGUCUUCUUAUGGAUGACCGGAGUGACACGUCUAAACUAAAAGACGCCCAUCCCGCUUUAUGUGUACAAUACGAAAGCCUUCGCAUUGAGGUGAAUACUCCUCUUGAGAGCACCACAUUCCAGCAGACGGGUGAAUCGAUCUCCAGAAGACGGACAAAGGCUAUCGAGGAGCUCGAAAAAUGUAUACAGGACAUACGACACCUUCCUGGCUUCGACUCCUUUCAACAGGGUCUUACUGCGGAGCAAAUGCAGAAUGCUUCCAUUAAGGGUAGUAUCAUCGUGGUGAACGUCACUAGUCUAAGAAGUGAUGCUAUCAUCAUCUCUGCAUCUGGAUUUAGCCUGGUCCCUCUGCCUCGACUUGAGGCGGUCCAAGCGCAGCGUUGGGUCGACCAGAAGUUGACUUCGGCUGUGAAUAACAAAUCAUACCGCCAAUUUUUAACCUGGCUCUGGCGGGAGUGCGUAAAGCCUGUCCUCACUGAACUCGGUCAUUCAUUUCAGUCAUCUCCAGAGGAUCUGCCAAGGGUCUGGUGGAUCGGCACUGGACUUGCCAGCUCCUUCCCAUUUCACGCUGCGGGUGAUAUCUUUACAGCAGAAAAUACAUUCUGUCGCGUUUUAUCUUCGUAUACCCCUUCGAUCAAGGCACUCUUACAUGCCAGAGAGCGGGUUUCUACCUCUGACCUAUCAAACGAAACCCCUCCAAAGCUACUUAUGGUUACCAUGGCAAACACACCCGGCGCUAAUGACUUACCCGGAGUAAAGGCCGAAACAUCCACGGUCCUCGGAGCACUUGGAAAUUUCGUUCAUGUGGAAGUUCUCGACCAGCCGGACCCCGCAAGCGUUAUUCGCCAGAUUCGCGAAUGCAAUAUUGCCCAUUUCGCUUGCCACGGAACCUCAAACUCCGAUGAUCCCUCUCAAAGUGGCCUUUUACUACAGACUGCCACUGCAGACCCAAGACAGGAAACCCUAACUGUUCUGAAACUCUGCGAAAACCCCCCUACUCUUGGAGAAAUUGCAUACCUCUCUGCAUGCUCGACUGCAGAGAAUCAGGCAAAAGAUCUGAUAGAUGAGGCCCUUCAUGUUGUCAGCGGUUUCCAGGUCGCCGGAUUCCGACACGUCAUUGGGACUUUGUGGCCAUCUGAUGAUAGUGUGUGCGUGGAGGUUGCGAAAUUGUUCUAUGCUGAGCUUUGUCGGAACGGAACUCUAGAGUACAGUGAUAGAGCUGUCGCGAUGGCACUUCAUAAGGCGGUUUCUGACGUUUCGACGAGGGUUGAAUAUCGAAAACGGCCAUUACAUUGGGCACAGUUUGUCCAUUACGGAGCUUGA